AUAUAUUGAUAUUUUAAUAGUUUAUCAACAACCCUACUUUAACUGCAAAAUAUUCGGCUUACUUAUAAGGAAUGCCUUUUUUUUGAAGACUUUCUUUCGUCAUCGAGGUCCUCAGUGCCCGAUGAGGAGAAGAGCCGCUCUUGCCAGCAGAGGACUGGGCGCUAGGACGUAGAGCUGCCGCUUACACGAGGAUCAAGAGAAAGAGGGGAAGUUGGGGCAAGAGGAGGACCCCAUACCAAACAAGUCUGAUAAACUAGGGCCAGGAUCUACUAUGGAGACUGACUACCAGAACUAUGUGGAGUCUCUGUCGGGCGUGUCCUCAGACGAGGACGACAUCUCCACAGCAGACAGCUCCGACGAGUCUACGGAGGAGCCAACUACAGUGCCAGUUGCCCUGCCAAGGACACGAAACCUGGUGCAAAUGCUCUACGACAGGGAGCGAACUGGCUUCUUUUCAGGAUCCUCGCGUGCCGGUCAAAGACAGCAGCUUCCAUUCGACAGAGUGCCAAAUAGGUUAAAGUUACACCUCAAGGACGUGCUGGCCAGCAGCUUAAUGGACGGGCACAUCUUUAUGGGACUGACUUCCUGCGGCCAGUACAUGCUCAGCCACCGAGUGGUGUGCAACGAUAGCUCCUCGCUCAACCACUACUCCUUCAACAUGGGCUACAAGUACACAUUGUACUUUUGGCUGUUCCAUCCCCACAAAAAACUGCGCUACUUCUUCUCGCGUCGCCUCUUCGACGACCACGUGGUGGACAACACCAAAACUGUCAGCAUGACGCAGUGGAAGAACGCGCAACACCAGAUUCUCGUCGUCCAUGGGGCUGCCACGGAGGAGGGCGAGGACAACUACAUCACAUAUGUCAAAGUUCCUAAGCUAGGUUGUUUGGAGUGCAAGAAACUCAACGACGACGGUCCAUAUUCCUUUUAUAAUGCGCACUGCCUAAACUGCCAUUUGACGGUGCACACCAAAUAUUCUUCGACUGAAACGGACCCGAGUUUCGAGCCAAAGAUCAACCUGCUCUGCCCAGAGCGAAUCCUGAUCAUCUCCAAUGGUUUUAUGCACAUGCUGCGUAUCGACCUGAAGCCUCCUGUCGCUUCCUCCACCAAUGGUUACUUCCCGGUUGCCAUUCCCCAGCAUCAGAGUCAGAUUCAACCGCAGUCCUUUCUUUUGCCCUCAAGAAAUUUGGUGAACAGCGAGGAGGACCGCUCAUCGGUGGCGUUCACGGGCUCCGGGUCCGAAGCUGAAUCGGGAAAUGAACAGAGCCUUGUGGCACGCAUCAUCGCCGAUUUCAGUGACAUAGAGACCGAACAGUCGCAACGCUCCAAUAACAACAACAACGAUGUGUCACCAAUGGGUCCCAUCUGCUGCUCCCCAAAGACCUAUGAUCGAUUGAUCUUCACUCCGCACAGCAGUCCGGCACUUCCGGAGACCAAGCAGGCAUCUACGGGCACCGGGGAUGCUGGCCAGUCGCGGAGGCGCACCCAGCGAAUUGUAACCAAGUCGUACCGCAACGGUAUUACGACUCUAGAUCUUCAGGCCACACCGAGUUCCAGCUCCAUGACGGACAAAUCCAAUGCCUACGAGUUUUCCGAAGACAAUGAGAAGUGUGAGAAAAUCUCAACUUUUCGCAAGCGUCGUCUGGCAGAAAAGAAGUACGAGUUCUCGGAGGACAACUCUGAAAACAUCAUACCCUUUACCAAAGUGCGGUCGGCGGGUCGUGCUUUUAGUGCCACCAUUGGAGCAGGAUCUACGCCACGAAGUUUCCAUCGCUUCUCACCCACGGCGCAUUUCUUUCACAACUCGCCAUGCGCCUCGCCGUCGUCGUCACCACACCCCUCCUCGCAGCCAGCACAGACGCCGCCCCAUCUGGGUUUCCGGUCUCCGCCAUCUAGCUCCAUGCUGAUGCGAUCGCCCAGCCGAAACGCCACCAACCCGGCACAGAUGUUCAACCAGAAGUCGCCACCGCUGUCACAGGCCACCCAACAGAUGCUGAGCUACAAGCCAGUGGGUCCUUUAGGUGCGUUAUCACCCCUGCAAGUGUCCAUGGCUAAGCGCUUCGAAAUCGGCGGCUCCAUGUCGCCCAAUGCAGGGCUCUCGUUUCUGUCCCCUCGGAGGGAACAGGAGCCCCGCAUUGUGGAGAUGCCAGUUCAAGGCGGGGUGAUGCCUGAGAAGCCCAUCUGCACCAAAAAAGUGCGUAGGCGGUAUGUGGAGGAGGACGAUGCCACAUCGGUGAUCACGAGCGAGGAAGACGACUGCAUAUCGCCUGGAUACCACACUUCGUUGCCCAUGGAGGUCCACGGCUCGUGCUACUCCGAAAUGCAAAUGAUCUCGCAAGCCUCUUACCAAAGACUGCGCUGCUCCAGUGUAGUGAUUACCCAGCACUCUUUCGACUUGGAGACCUUCACCUACUAUGUGAUAAGCUUGCUGUGCCAGAAACACCAGAAGAUCUACAACGUCUUCUAUGACUGGGCCUACGAGGUCGUCAACGUCUGCCCUCUAAGUCAGACCGUCGCCUGCCUGCUGAUGGCUCAGUUCUCUGCCAGGGAUCAGCCUUUGGCCAAUUGCCUGCACUGCACUGGGCGCAUGGACUGCGUAUUCCACAAUCGGCAAUACGAGUGCCGCAUCUUGUUUACGUGGAACAUGGAGGGCGGGCAGUGGCAGGUUCUAGACUAUGGAGAGCUGAGGGAGGUCCCCGAGCAGUUCAAUCCGCUGAAGCGCCUGGGCAAGGCCCGACUUACGUUCACCCAGCUGGCCAGAAAGAUGGGCCAGGAGAUGGCGGAAAAUCUGAGCCUCUGCCUACCGGACUAUACAUCAAAUUUGCGGGUGCUUCACUCUGAUAUGCGGAAAUCUAAGGCAUACAUCAGCGACCUGGACAACAUGGUGGAAUUCCACCUAAAACGCGCGGCCCAGGAUUCGUCAUGAAGAUAACCAUUUCAGUUGGUGGACAAGAACUUGUUGUUACAGAUGGGAGAGCGGUAUAGAUGGAGGAAGCCCUCGAUCUAUAAAUUUUAGUUUUAGUAAAAAAAAAACUCGCUGAGGUUGCGUGCGUAUCUAGUUCAGUUCUAAACACAAACACGGUGUGCUGUAUUUAGUAUUUAGUUAAAACCAUACCUUAAUUAGUGCAACGAAACGCUUUCUCAGAAACGGUUGGAACACAUCCUAAUUUCGACUGAAGUCAUCUAAGUAAACCACAACUAGUUUUAGGCCUCAUCUUACUUACAACGUCGUACAUAUACCUUUGAUAUUCGGGACUUUGAUUCAACUAUUACCUUUAAUAUUAGUUAGUUAGCAACACGGUACUCCAGUAGUUCAGUAUCAGUUUAGUUAGUGGUAAAAAAUAUACAAAUAUACUUAAUCAGACAAAUAGUCAUUAAUCAGAAUCGUAAUGGCAAAUACAUCAAACGCAAAAUCAA